AUGGACCAGCAGAUCCAAAACGGUUCUUCCUCCACCAGCCCGUACAACACGGAGCAUGCCCAGAACAGUGUCACGGCCCCCUCCCCUUACGCCCAGCCCAGCUCCACCUUCGACGCCCUCUCCCCGUCUCCGGCCAUCCCCUCCAACACAGACUACCCGGGGCCCCACAGCUUCGACGUCUCAUUUCAACAGUCCAGCACCGCGAAGUCGGCCACGUGGACGCUACCCACAGUCCAAGAUUCUGACGCAGGUCCACCGGGAUUGCCAGGACUGAAGGGUGACCCUGGAGAGAAGGGUGAAAAAGGAGAUCGUGGUGAAACUGGCACACCUGGAAAAGAGGGGGGACGAGGUGAAAAGGGCUCCAGAGGGCCCAAAGGGGACAAAGGAGAAGCAACCAAUGAACUGGUUUCUGAAGGUGAGAAAGGGGAUCCUGGUCCUCCAGGACCUCCUGGCCCCCCAGGGCCUCAGGGACCACCAGGGCCUCAGGGACCACCAGGAACCUCAGGGAAGCGUAAAGCCAAGCCCCAGGAGGAGAAGAUCUACAACACCGAAUGCACAGGCAUCAUGUUUUCCAAUGGAAAAACUUGGAGGCAGCAGAGACAGUUUGGAAAUAUGACCCUUCAGAAAUUGGGAGACAUGAAAAAGAGUCUGGAAGAGCACAUACAAGAGGAGACUACUCAGCUGGUGAAGACUUUUGCCCAGGCCAAGGGACAACCACUGGAUCCUUCCCUACUGAUCAUGCAUUCAGCCACCCAAAUGAUCCACAUGGCAGUUUUUGGAGAGCCUGUUCUCAAAGUGGACGACAUGUUCCAAAAUCUUGUUGAACACAUCAGCAACAUUACAAAAUGCAGAGGCACUUUUGGAGAAAUGAUAUAUAACAUCUUUCCCUCGCUUGUGGAAUACCUCCCUGGGCCUCACAAGAAGGCAAAUUCCUCCUUUGAAUUCAUGAUUUCUUAUAUCAAAAAGAAGAUGGGAAAUUCUAAGUAUUCUCAGGCAUCUCACGAACCUCAAAGCUACGUUGACUUCUAUUUAGCUCACAUGGAUAAUAAAGUACAGGAGGAAAUCCAGAAUGCACUGGAUCCCCAAAAACCCAUCUGCUACGAAGAUCGGAAGAAGCUGCCUUAUACCUAUGCCGUCCUUCACGAAGCCCAGCGUCUCAGCAGUAUCACGCUUUCCACCCUCUUUAGGUUGUGCGCAAUAGAUUUGAACGUACUUGAGUUUUAUAUUCCAAAGGGUAGCCUGGUGAUCCCUGAUCUCUGCUCCGUUCUGCUGGAUCCCGAACAAUGGGAGGUACCUCGACAGUUCAACCCUAACCACUUUUUGGAUCAAGAUGGGAAAUUUGUACCCAGAGAAGAUUUCCUUACCUUUGGGGCAGGCUCCCGCGAAUGUUUGGGGAAGACUUUGGCUCAGAUGGAGCUCUUCAUUUUCUUCACCAACCUUAUGAAAACGUUUACCUUCCAGCGGCCGGAAGAGCUAAAAGCAUUUAACAUGGAGGAUAUUCUUUCCUAUCUGAAACAGAUCUGGUCACUCAAACGCUACCCGCCAGGACCUUUUCCACUUCCUGUGGUGGGAAGUAUGUGGCGGCUGCUUGGGAUUGGUGUUUCAGAGGCGACUUUCAGACAGCUGGCCAAGCGAUAUGGGAACAUCUGUUCUCUGUGGGGAGGCCCUUAUCAUAUCAUAAUCCUUUCUGGAUACCAAGCUGUGAAAGAAGGACUGAUUGACCAUUCAGAAGCCUUUGCGGAUCGCCCGAUCACCCCUUUCGUUUUAGCUUCCACUCAAAAAAGGGGUAUUGUCUUUUCAAAUGGUCACAUCUGGGAGCAGCAAAGACAGUUUGGUAUUGUUACCAUGAGGAAAUUGGGACUGGGGAAUAAAGGCAUGGAAUCGCAGAUCCAAGAGGAAGCCCAACAGCUUAUGGAAUUCUUUGCUGAGACAAAAGGCCAGCCGUUUGACCCAUCACUACCCAUCAUGAGAUUAGUUUGCAGUGUGAUUUGUACUGUAGCUUUUGGACAUCGUUUCUCUAUUGACGAUAAGGACUUCCUGGAGUUGAUGAAAGCCAUUUCGAUUGCCUUAAAAUUUGGAGGCAAUCCCUUCUACUUACUCUAUGAGGCUUUCCCGAAUAUCAUGAAGCAUCUGCCAGGCCCUCACCAGACGGCCCUGUCUGCUCUGGAGACGAUCGUUUCCUUUGCCAGGAAGGAGAUCGCGCAGCAUAAGGAGAACCAGAACUUGCACGAACCACAGGAUUUCAUUGAUUUCUAUCUGUUGAAAAUGGAGAAAAAGAAGGACGAUCCCGAUUCCACUUACAAUGAAGAUAACUUGGCUCUCUGCAUCACUGACCUCUUUAUUGCUGGGACAGACACAACUUACGCCUCCCUGACAUGGGCAAUGCUUCUCAUGGCAAACAAUGUGGAUGUACAAGGAUUAACACUUAAGACAAGAAAACACAAAAACCCGGAUAGGAUUAACCCCUUAAAGCAGGGAAACAAAAACCCUGAGCAAUCAGAAACGCAACAAAAACCCAUUAAGGGUGCUGUCAUUUUUCCAGACUUACGUUCUGUUCUUUUGGAUCCUGAACACUGGGAAGCACCUGAAGAGUUCAAUCCAAAUCAUUUUCUGGACAAGGAAGGACAUUUUGUGGAAAAAGAAGCAUUUCUUCCCUUUGGAGCAGGAGCUCGGGCCUGCUUGGGAGAACUCCUGGCAAAGACUGAAUUCUUCAACAUUUUUACCAGGCUGCUGAGGCAUUUUAGGUUGGAGCCACCAGAAGGUGUGGAAAAGCUGAGUGAAAAAUCUAUCAUCGGGGUGUCUGUGCAUCCUGCUCCUUUUAAGAUUUGUGCUCUUCCUCGUGUCAGGACACCAUAA